AUGUACCAAGAUAGAUCUCUACAUCCAAGAUCAGCGCCUUCAUUCCAACAUUCAACUUCAACUUCAAAAACGACCACUUUACUCGAUCUCCCGGGUAUCAACCCCCCAAACCCAUUCUCCAAACCCAUCCAAGCCCUCCUCUCCAACCCUCCCUCGGUAGACGAAACAGCCGCCCAGCUAGUCACCAUCGACGCCUUCUUCGCAGCCAUCGCCAGCUCUUCAACAUCCCACCAGCCCCUCCUUAACACCCUCCGCACCCAGCCACUAACAGAGCCCAAAUACAUACCCACCUCGCUCCAUACCUACUGCGGAGCCGAUAGAAAACUACACCGGCAGACCCUACCGGGGUUUAGCGCGCAAUGA